ACAGUCCAGACCCUACUACAGCAGCUACUGUUCCAGACGAUGCAGGUGUUCGUGGUGUUCCUGGUUGCCGUGGUCACCGCUGUGGCUUCAGCCUCCUCGUUCUUGAAGGACCCCACGCUGGAGGACCACUGGCAGGAGUGGAAGGGGCUGCACGGGAAGCAGUAUUCAGAGGAGACCGAGAGCUACAGGAGGAUGGUUUGGGAAGAAAACUGGCGUUUCAUCGAGCAGCACAACCAGGAGCACGCCGCAGGGAAACACUCCUACAAGCUGGGGAUGAACCACUUUGGAGAUCUGACCAACAAGGAGUUCAAUCAGACAAUGAAUAGACUCCACCAGGAUCCUGCCCUGGAGGAGCUGCCUGUUUUCAACUCGACCGGCAGCUCUAGACGACGUCCGAGAGAGAUGGACUGGAGGAAUAAAGGCUAUGUCACCCCUGUGAAGAACCAGGGUCAUUGUGGCUCCUGUUGGGCCUUCUCUACUACGGGGGCCCUUGAGGGACAACAUUUCAAGAAGACACGCCAGCUGGUGUCACUGAGCGAACAGAACCUGGUGGACUGCACCAAAAACACCAAGUAUAUGAACUACGGCUGUAAUGGUGGAUUUAUGGGAAGAGCAUUCCAAUACGUUAUUGACAACAGAGGUAUCGCCUCAGAGAAGAGCUACCCUUACACUGCCAAGGAUAACAAGCCAUGCAGGUACAAAGCAUCCAUGAAAGUUGCCAGAAUCUCUGGUUAUAGGAGGGUGCCCUGGAAGAACGAGAAAGCCCUGCGGGAUGCUGUAGUUGCAAUUGGGCCGAUCUCUACUUGUCUUAAUGCUGGUCGACGUACCUUCCAGUUCUACCGCUCAGGCAUUUACUACGACCCCAAGUGCAGUCAGCGUAUAAACCACGCGGUCCUGGCAGUGGGGUACGGCGUGUCCUGGUUUGGGUCUGGAUCCUCCCGUCCCACCAAAUUCUGGCUCCUUAAGAACAGCUGGGGGCGCAGCUGGGGUGACAAAGGAUACUUUCGGCUGGCAAGGGAUCAAAACAACCACUGUGGGAUUGCCAACUUUGCUGUGUAUCCUGUCCUCUGAUACCGGACAGAGAAGGAUUGCAAACACAGCAAAUACGACAACAAGGGCGAUCAGUAGAGGAUGUGGUUUUGCAAUGGGAGAGCAGCGUCUCCAGUGUAGCUUUUCCUAGUGCGCCUUUGAUUUGUUUGUUUCGCUGCACACGCGCACCCAUAGAUAAUCUGACGAAAGCCUUUCUCUUUCUCCCUUUCUCUCGCACUCUCUGCUCUUUGAAUGCACACACCACGUGCUCAGCUGAUUUUCCUGCACUGCAUGCUUUCUCUGUGCUGAGGUUCUGGUUCCAUAUGUUCUAAAUUAGAUUUUUAGGAUCCUUCCAUUCCACCUAAUAAAUGUUUUCUUGUCUCCUGAUCUCUGGCAGGGAGGUGGUCUUCCAGGUAUCAAUAGGCUAGAACAGGGCUGUCAAAUUCAGUUCCUGGAGGGCUGCAGUGUCUUCUGGUCUAAUUAUCUGAUCAAUUUGGACAAAUGUAACACUCAAAAUGUUUCAUAGGUAGCCUACCUAGAAUCAAGUGCGUUUUGCUCAAUCAUCAAAUGUAAAAGACCUGGAAAACUAUGAAAUAUGUCCAAUUGAACAACAAUCCGAUGGCUUUCUGUUCGUUAACCAGGCUGGGAUUUAACUACGUGAUAUAAACUCUGAUUCCGAGCAAAGUGUGAGCGUGGGAUUAAUGAUGUCAAUUCUGUACUUCUGUUUUCUGCAAUAAAGCUUUAAUCAUC